UUGCAAUCCUGCUGUUGAGGAAGUCACAUUGGUUGUCUCAUUAGACCGCUUCCGUGGUGGAAUGGUAAUGGAUCAUCUUCGAACGCAGACUCCAUUGAGAUAAUGAAAGGACAGAGCAGCACCAGAGUUGAUUAGAAAACCGCAAUGUCGCCAUCUUCACGACACCAGCGUGGUCGUCGGGCACGAGAUUGGAAUCGUCGCCAGCUGCAUGCGUUGCUUUCGUGUCGCCCCGGUGGGAGAAGUGGGUUAGUUCGACACGACAACAACCAGCAGGUCGUGAAGAUUUACUUCUGGUUGUUCGCAGGUGCUUUUGCCGCCGCGUCAACAGCUACGGGCUGUUUGUUUUUUAUUAAAAGUCUUUCGAUACUAUUGCUCUCGCUCUCCACCUCCUCCUCUC